AUGCCGUCGCCCACAGGGAGCAUGGGGCCUGGCCACGCGCGCAUCGACAAGCGUGACUACCCCUCGGCCCCGGCUGAGACGCGCCGGCUGCUGCGUCCCGAUGACUCCUUCGACUCCCGCUCCUCUUCGCGCCCCAGCCAAACCAACUCGUACGCCGGCAGCUUCUUCGAACAGGUCGCCGAGCAGAUCCAGGAACGCGACCGCCAGAUGAUGCGCCGCGCCGUGACGCGAUACGGCGGCUAUGCCUGCGCCGUGCUCUGCUGCUUGGCCGCCGGCUCCAUCACCGUCUACUCGCUCUACGCGCCCCUCUUCCAGUCGCGCCUGCGCUACACGCAGUUUCAGGUUAACAUCAUCUCCAUCACCGCCGAGCUGGCCAUGUACCUGCCCGUGCCCGUCUUUGGCUACAUCUGCGACCGCUACGGCCCCGCCCUCUCGUCUUUGAUCUCGGCCUUCUUUUUCGGCUUCGGAUACCUGCUGGCUGCCUUUACCUACCAUGCCGGCCCGAACGGAUGGCCAUUCGGAGUCAUGGUGCUGGCCUUCGUCCCCAUCGGCCUGGGUACCUCGGCCAUGUACUUCGCCGCCCUGACGACAUGCGCAAAGAACUUCGGACGUGGCAAGAACAAGGGGCUUGCGCUGGCGGUGCCCGUCGCUUCUUUUGGCCUUAGUGGAAUGUGGCAGAGUCAGGUGGGCAGCCGCUUGCUGUGCGAACGCCGUCCGGAUGGGUCUCGGGGAGACGUCGACGUCUUCCGCUUCUUCCUGUUCCUGGGCAUAUUCCUGUUCGUCGUGGGCCUGCUGGGCGGCACUACUUUGCGCAUCGUAGACGAAGAAGAAAUGAUCGACGAGGCCGUGGAUGAGCUGGAGCGGAGUGGACUCUUGAGCGAGGAUGAGUUCUUCAAUGCUGCUCGGCACCAGCACGGAUACGGCACCAUAGCGCCGCAAGAUCUCUCCGACUCACAAUUUGAUUUCUUGCGCUCCGAGGCUGAUGACCUAAAGCUGAGAGCCGAGGAAGAGCGGGCCAAGAAGAACUGGCUUCUGAACGAGGAGACGCGCCGCUUCCUUGGCGAUGCAACUAUGUGGUGGCUUUCCGCAGGUUUCUUCUUGGUAACCGGUCCUGGUGAAGCUUUCAUCAACAACCUAGGGACCAUAAUAGGCACGCUCUAUGACGUGCCAACCGCCGCCGAGUACCGCACUUCCCCAGCGACGCAUGUGUCAAUUGUUGCCAUUACUUCAACCGCCGCGCGUCUCCUGACCGGUACCGUUUCCGACCUGUUCGCCCCCGUCUCCGAUCACACUUCCCCGGCUCAUAGGCAAGGCCCUCACUCUCAGACCUCGUCUAUCGCUUCACUGCCUCCUCGCCGUCGCUUUACCGUCUCUCGCAUCAUCUUCCUGAUUGCAUUCUCUCUUCUUUUGUCCCUUGGCCAGAUCAUCCUCGCAACCGGAGGCGUUCAAGGGCACGGCGAGCGCUUCUGGAUCGUUAGCGGUCUCAUUGGAGCCGGCUACGGUGCCGUUUUCUCACUGGUCCCCAUCAUCAUCGCCGCUGUUUGGGGUGUGGAGAAUUUCGGUACCAAUUGGGGCAUCGUUGCGAUGAUGCCGGCAGCCGGCGCAGCCGUUUGGGGAGUUGUGUACAGCGCCGUUUACGACUGGGGCUCCGCAGCCGCCAACAAUGGAGGCAACGACGGACCAAGUCUCGGAGAUGGGGAAGAUGUGUUGUGCUAUGGCAAGGCCUGCUACGCAUCCACGUUCUGGGCUAUGGCCAUCAGCGUGUGGGUUGCUUGCGGCUUGUGGAUUUGGGCGUGGAAGGGCCCUGGUGGGUGGAAGGUAAGAGGAAUUGCGGUGUAA